AUGAGCACUACUAUUAAACCACCUGCUUUGGCUACUGCUCGGAUCGGAUGUAUUAUAUCCCUUGUAUUGUUUUACUAUUUGAGACUCAUGUUGUACUUCCACGGACUUCUCAACGAGUACUUCAACGGUUGGAGUACGGAAACAUUGGAUAAGCACCUGCCCUUUGCCUACAACUGCUCCUGUUGGGUGACGCCGAAUGACCGGCUCGUCUUCUACACACGUGCACCGGCUUGGAAGAAGUUUGGGAAUCAGGUGAAAGUGGCUCACUUUGCUGGUCUUGAGAAACCCUGGAGAUACAGCUUGGCUGCUAACGACGCAGCAAUUUGUCACGCCAUCGAGCGCCUUGAAAGCUCCGACACUAACUUCACCGAUGCCGAACAGACCAGUGUCCUAGCCCUGUGGUGGGCCAUAUUUUUCAAGAGAGUGAAGCAUCAACUAAGCUAUGGCAUGUUCUUAUCAACGACAUUCGAACCGGUUCCGCUCUCGCCACCGCCGCCGACGCCGCUAAGAGAUCAUGCGUCCCAGCACCAGGAACAAAACCAGUUUCAUUUCGAGAAUGAAUACUAUCAUCCCGAGUUUCACGAUACCUCAUUUGAUCAUUUACACAGCGGACAGCGGGUUGACGAGGCCAAGCGAUUUGAAGAGUACUACGUGUACGAGGAACCUCCAAAACAUGUAGAACCUCUGUGCCACAAGUACUUCGAGGACAGAAUGGCGCAUAAACGUCAUGAUUCACAUUACCAUCAGCAGCCAGCGUAUCAUCAUCAUGAAGAAAAUCAGCAACCGCACUAUGAGAAACAUUGUUUUCAACCUACGUCUCAGGAAUACCACCAGGAACAAUACGAUCCAGCGCACCAAAAGAAUUCCCUUCCUCAACAACAACAGCAUCGGCAGAAUGAAAUGUGUCAUCACAAUCAACACCAUCAACAGCAACAACAAUGGCAUGAUCAAACGCAUCAUGAGCACUAUGUGAAGCUGUCGCCUCCACCACCGCUGUCUGGACAAGACCAUGUAGAAACGCAGCGGGAUGCUUCAUCUUUUCAGUCAUCCCUGUCACUUCAACCGCCGCCACCGCCAGAACCACCAGAAACAAGGAAUGACAAGGAUCCGCUCUUCUUUGCGCCCAACCCGAUGUGUUGUGAGUGUCUCAAGGAACUUCAAUGGAGCAGACAGUUUGUGGAUCCAUUUCAUCGGGAUCUUAUUUCCCCGGUGUCAUUGCUCUCAGUGGCUACUCGCGUGAGGCGCCGCUCAACACCGCUCUUGCCUCUCGGGUCCGAAUUAAUCAGGGGUUCGCAGAAGCUGACAUUCCCAAUUGUGGCUAUCGAGGAGCCUUCAAAGGCAAGUGGAAUUCAGUCUCGUAAAAAGGAAAAAAAAAGCUGCCUUCACCAAAUCCAAAGGGGAAAAUUAAAUAAAAAAAGGCGUCGGGGAAAGUCUAUUGAACGUGGUAAAUUACUUGACGCAGCCAGAAAGCAAAUGCAGUUAAAGGAGGGUGGAAACAUGCGAACGAUUGCACCAUUUCCAAUGUCCACACCAGACACCAGCCCAACACAGCUAGGGGGGGAAGACACGACAACACCAACAGCGCUAAAGUUGGAGUCAACCCUGACAACUAAGAUGAACAAAGGGCAAUUGCAAUCAAAGGGUAACAAUGUGAAAAAUUCAACAAUCUCGACGUCUGUAUCGACUUUAACCGUCGCACCGGACAAGAGCCGAAAACAGUUAAAGAAGGAUGACAAGAUAAUUUUUGGGUCGGUGCUACCCGUAUCAUUAACUUCAGCAACUACACCAGGCACUAGGCAGAUGCAGUUAAAGGUAGACACGAUGACAUCACUAGCAAUGGUGUCAACCACAACAAACCCGAACACUAAAACCAUAACCACAACUCCUAAGUCAAAGGUUCUUGAUGUUACGAGUUUCGAAGAACCAGCUUUGGAUGCACUGGCUUCCCGACAGGGCGAGAUUACUUCUCUGAACACCCCGAUGUCGAUGUCAGAGGAAGGAUCGAAGGCAUUAGAACCGAGAAAAGGGGAAGGUCUAAAUGACUUUUACGAAAGAAGCAAGUUUGAAUCACAUAAACCAAAAAGGACGGUUGAACAUGAAGUUGAAGAUACUCCCGUGAAUGAUGCACCGUGGCUGCCUCGAACAGUCAAAACCCAAAAUGCUCCUAAGAAACUUUCGAAAGGGUCCCAAUACUUUUGCGAUCGCCACCGACCGCAUUCUCCGCCGCCGGACUGGCGAAUGUUCGCAUGGGAGCGCGGCGACAUCGACUACACGGGUAGUGAUCGUUUCUCUAACAUCCUCGCUCGCAUACGCACCACUAUUCGACAGGCGGAAGAGGAAGCGAUGCCUAUCGAUUUUCGUGGCAGUAAUCGCGGUGGCGGUAGAUUUAGCGAUCGAGGUGGGGGCAGGGGACGCGGCGGCUUCGGUGGAGAUCGUGGGGGUCGUUCCAGCUAUGGCGGUGAGGGUGACAGAGGUGGUUUUCGAGGUGGAGGUAGGGGUUUUAGAGGUGGUGGUCGCGGUGGUGAUCGAGGCGGCGGACGAGGAGCACCUCGCGGACAUGGUGGCUUUCGUGGAGGAAUGCGAGGAGGGAAGAAAGUAUUCAUAGAGCCUCAUCGUCACGAAGGAAUAUUCGUUGCCAAAGGGAAGGAGGAUGCCCUUGUUACUCGCAAUCUAGUCACGGGCGAGUCAGUUUACGGUGAAAAACGUAUAAGUGUUGACGGUGACAACGGCACAAAGGUUGAAUAUCGUGUGUGGAAUCCCUUCCGUUCAAAGUUAGCCGCUGGUAUUAUCAACGGUCUGGAGCACAUUCACAUGCGCCCAGGAAGCCGUGUUCUUUAUUUGGGAGCUGCUAGUGGGACCACCGUCUCUCAUGUUUCUGACCUAGUUGGUCCCAAGGGAGUUGUCUAUGCCGUCGAGUUUUCACACCGUUCUGGCCGCGAUUUGCUGAAUGUCGCGAAACACCGUACAAAUAUCGUGCCAAUAAUAGAGGACGCCCGUCAUCCGCAUAAAUACAGGAUGUUGGUCGGAAUGGUUGAUUGUAUCUUUGCUGAUGUUGCCCAACCGGAUCAAUCACGUAUUGUCGCUGUUAAUGCGGAGCACUUCCUAAAAAAUGGUGGCUAUGCGGUGAUAUCUAUCAAGGCCUCUUGCAUUGACUCGGUAGCUGCACCUGAAGUUGUAUUUGCCAAAGAAGUCGAUACUUUACGGAAACAACAAUUCACUCCUCGGGAGCAGGUUACUCUGGAGCCUUACGAGAGAGGCCAUGCUAUGGUCACGGCUCAGUACAGGGUGCAGAAAAAACCGGCUUAA